AUGGAGGUAAGCAGGACAUUUAGUACCGUAACUAGAUAUUCAAGAAACUGGGUAGAAGACCGGAUAGAAUGUCCAAAAACCGGUACUUAUUACUUUCCCCCAAAAGAAGAGGAUGAUUAUGAAAAACUGAAACCAGAAUCAAGACAGCCCGACUUCAGACAAAAUAAACUGAAUAGCACACAGAGUAACGUCGCUUCGAUAAUAAGACAUGAUAGCCACGACAAAUGUCCAAAUUACGCAACUGCUAACGAUCUAGUGUACAACCACUUGCCGAAGCCCCUGUGUGGCCCAAUCCAGCGUUACUAUAAAAAGGGGGAGCAUCAAUUCUAUCCACAACCUGAUCUUUUGAAGUGUUUUGGUAAUGUGACAGAGUGGGGUUUGAAGAAACGUUUAGAAUACGAGUGGAAAUGCACCGAUGUAUCAGACUACAUAUCGACCCUGUACUCAGACACGUUUGUACCUCCACAACCUAAUCAAUAUUUACAACCGAAUGAAAGGAAGGCCAGAAAUUCGAAAUUCACAAAAAGUUUCCGUUAUAAGAUGACAAAAUCAAAACGAUGA